UUAAACACAGACAAACACAUCACACUUGAAGCUCUGGAAUAAAAUCUUCGUUGCAUGACAGUUUCACGUGUCAUCUCUCAUCGCGCUCUGUUCAGUUCAUCUGAAUGAGAAGCGCGCGCUGGGUGCGUCUCCACACGCGCGCGUCCUGAUGUCGUUCCUUUGACACAUCUGGAACAUGAGCAUCUGGACUCGAGCGUUUCUUCAGUGUUCGCCUUUACCCGAGAACAUCUCCAGUUUUGCGUUAGUUCGGAUGAAAGAAAAGUCGCUGUUUGGAGCGCGUUUCUGACCCCGCGCGCGUCCAUGUGGGAGAACGCGCAAAGCCGGAGGAAUGACUCGCGCUUCUGUUAAACUCCUAACAACUUUCCUCGCGUGUUUUAUAGAAAUACACAACUUCUUCAGUGUAACAGAAGGAAAAGAGCAUGAAAGAACAUCUUCGUCUGCAAUGUCACCCUCAGAUUUUCUGGAUAAACUCAUGGGAAAGACGUCAGGUUAUGACGCCCGCAUUAGACCCAACUUCAAAGGUCCUCCAGUCAACGUGACAUGUAAUAUUUUCAUCAACAGUUUUGGCUCGGUGACAGAGACCACCAUGGAUUACAGAGUCAAUAUCUUCUUGAGGCAGAAAUGGAACGACCCGCGGCUGGCGUACAGUGAAUAUCCCGACUCAUCUCUGGAUCUGGAUCCGUCUAUGCUGGACUCCAUCUGGAAACCGGACCUGUUCUUCGCCAACGAGAAAGGAGCAAACUUCCAUGAUGUCACCACAGAUAACAAACUCUUAAGAAUCUUUAAGGAUGGAACGCUGCUCUACAGCAUCAGGUUGACAUUAAUACUGUCGUGUCCGAUGGAUCUAAAGAACUUUCCCAUGGAUGUGCAGACGUGCAGUAUGCAGCUGGAGAGCUUCGGCUACACCAUGAAUGAUCUGAUCUUUGAGUGGCUUGAUCAAGGACCGGUGCAGAUGGCUGAUGGUUUGACUCUACCGCAGUUCAUUAUGAGAGAGGAGAAAGAGCUGGGUUACUGCACCAAACACUACAACACAGGUAAGUUUACCUGCAUCGAGGUGAAGUUCCAUCUAGAGAGACAGAUGGGAUAUUAUCUGAUCCAGAUGUACAUUCCCAGUCUGCUCAUCGUCAUUCUCUCCUGGGUGUCGUUCUGGAUCAACAUGGACGCCGCUCCGGCUCGAGUCGCGCUCGGCAUCACCACCGUCCUCACCAUGACAACACAGAGCUCAGGCUCCAGAGCUUCACUGCCAAAGGUUUCGUAUGUGAAGGCGAUAGACAUCUGGAUGUCCGUGUGUCUGCUGUUCGUCUUCGCUGCUUUACUGGAAUACGCCGGCGUCAAUUUCGUCUCCAGACAGCAGAAGGAGCUUCUGCGCUUGAAACGAAGACAGAGACGAAACCUGAAGGAGGACGAGCUGCAAGACGGACGUCUACACUUCACGGCCUACAGCAUUACAUCAUGUGUUAAAGACGGAAACGCGGUGAAAAGUCCCUCGAUGAACAGCGUCCAGACGCCGGGCCUGAAGGACACAGAGCCAAACAGACGCAAGUUUCUGGACAGAGCAAAGAGGAUUGACACCAUAUCCAGAGCGGCGUUCCCGCUGGCUUUCCUCAUCUUCAACAUCUUCUACUGGAUCACAUACAAGAUCAUCAGACACGACAGCGCCAGGAAAGUCUAGACGCGCUCUUUCAUUCUCCUGCCAGAACAUCCGGCUUCAGAUGUCUGUGGAGACAAACACACGUCUCAUGUCACGCCGGGACAACAAGUGGAGCAAAAUAAGAAAGGAAUUAAAGUAGAUUGAUGGAUAGAUUUCAUGUCUGUGAAUAUAUGAAGAGUUUAUUUCCUAAAUGAGAUAAAAAUGUUUUAUUAUCGUGUAUUCCAAUUGAUAUCAGUCAAACUGCUGUUGGUUUGUUUUGAUUUAAGUCAUAAUAACUCAAAAAAUACGGUUAACUAACACAAUAAAAACAUGAUUUAAAAAAAAAGUUAAAAACGGGGUGAUCUCAUUUUGGAACCAAACUCUUCAUGUGGAGUUGUCAGUGUUUUAUACACACGAUCUGUGUUUUAUAUGAUUGUCUUUUGAUAAUGAAUUGUGUAGGAAGUCUUUUCACUCUCAAGGUCGAGUACAGAAGUACACAAACACAAUCUGAGAUCCAUCUAUACAUCUGCAUCACACCUGUCAAUCAUAUUGACUCUUCCAGAUGUCAUCCAUGACUCCAUCGGUUUGAUUCUUUUCUCAGCUGUUGUCUUGAAUGAUGUUUAAAUGUUGAAGAACAAACAUUGUACAGUAUAUGACGGAUCAGAGCGUGACUCUCUCACUACAGUAUCUGGACGUCAAUCGUCACUGAACAACUUCAGAAGUGACCCAUCAUCACAUCACACUUCAUCUGUAUCAGCAUCUCACAGAUCUGACCCUUCAACACAAAACUGCAUUUGAUGCAAAAUAAAUGAACAUUUUCAGUCGUCCACACGCUGUGGCUUGUGUUACCAUGGAAACCAAAUAUACCUGCAGUCAGUCUGGAGCGUUUAUUCUUCAUUAUGAAUUUGUUGGUUUUAUCCGUGGUAAACCCACAUCACUUAAACAGCUGACUGCUUCAGGUAAUGUCAGGGAAAAGACGCAAGAAACAUCCAGCUCACAUUUCAACCCAAAAGAGAAUUG